CAACAGGUUUUAGCUCUGUCUUUUUUCAAACCACGACCACAACUGAUUCUCUCUUAUUCGAAGUACCGUAUGGUGGGUUCAUGCGGAGUGAAAGCUAUCUACAAGGACAAUAACUCCGCAUUCGCGUAACUGUUAUUUUACAAUGAAGACCUAUGGCUUCUUAUUUCUACUUACAUUACUAUUUCUCAAUAUCAAUGAUAUUAUAGCUUCGACAAGGCCAAAACGUAACAAGGCCAUAGUCUGUUACGUCGCUUCCUGGGCCACUUACAGGCCAGAAAAUGGCAAAUUUGGUAUCGAUAAUAUCCAGCCGAAACUUUGUACGCAUCUCGUAUACACGUUCGCUGGACUGAAUACCACAACUUGGACCAUCAGAAGUCUUGAUCCUUACUUGGAUAUUGGGAAUCAAUAUGAUAAUUACAAAAAAAUGACCAGUCUUCGGAACAAAUAUCCUGGAUUAAAUAUCCUUCUUGCUGUCGGUGGGUGGAACGAAGGCAGUAAAAAUUAUUCCGAACUCGCUUCUUCUUCUGAACGAAGAAGCAAAUUCAUCGACAGCGUGGUCCAUUGCCUCAGGGAAUACGGUUUCAACGGAUUGGAUCUGGACUGGGAAUUUCCUGGUAACCGCGGAGGAGUACCAGCAGACAAGCAAAACUUUGUUUCUCUUGUAAAAGAACUGAAAGAAGCGUUUCAAGGAUCAAACUACUUGUUAACGGCGGCUAUAAGUGCCAAUAAGAAUAUCAUCGACGUAGGAUACGAUCUUCCUGAACUUUCAAAGUAUCUGGAUCAUAUUCACGUAAUGGCUUACGAUUAUCAUGGAACGUGGGACAAUAAAGUGCUUCCAAACGCACCGAUGAGAGGCAACGAUGGCAUCGGCGUGGAAGACACGCUGAAAUACUUGUUAAAAGAAGGUGCACCUUCGAAUAAAUUGGUGCUUGGUUUGCCUAUGUAUGGGAGGACUUUUAUAUUGACCAGCAAACUAAAUUCUUCUGAGGAAAAUCCUAUCGGUCAUCAGAGUAUAUCGGAAGGAUUUAUGGGUCCUUAUACCAGACAAAAUGGCUUCAUGGGGUACAACGAAAUUUGCAAAGAACUGAUCAUUUCUAAUAAGUGGAGGACUGGAUGGGAUAAUAACAGCGAUACACCUUACGCAAUCAAAGACGAUCACGUGAUUGUGUACGAUAAUCCAAGGAGUUUGAAAACGAAGGUUGAAUAUGCGGAAAAGAUGAAUCUAUCCGGCGUGAUGAUUUGGAGCAUCGAUACCGACGACUUCAACGGCGAAUGCGAAUCAUUGAAAGAUUCAUUGGAUAAAGAAACAGCCAAUUUUCCUUUACUGAGGUCGAUCAAUAUAGCUCUUAAUUCGGCAUCAAAAAGACGUUCCUACAGUUUUAUAUUAAUAUUAGUAAUGUUUCUUAUGUAUCGCAUUUAAAGAGGAUUUAUGACAAAUAAAAAUGAUCGAUACCAAAAAA